AUGGUUCGCCAUGUCAGGGCUGUGGACCUGGCCAUUCCUUAUUGGGACCUGGCGCCGUCUUUUACAGCUAAAAAAGAAGCUAAGGAAAAAGAGGCAAAGCUCACGGCCAAGGCGUUGAAGACCAACAAUACCAACACCAGGGAGAAAAAGGUCAAGGUGGAGAAGAAAAAGGAGGACUCAAGUUUUCGUCAAUGCGAUGCCCAAGGGCGAGAAGAGGGAUCUGUCACUGGCACCACUCCAUCACCAAGCACCAUCGAACAUAGCAGAAAAUCUGCAUAUGCCCAGCAGUGCUACAAUUUUGAUCCUACUCAGCCGUACAUCACAGUAGCGGGGCAAGAGAGCGUAAUAGCUGUGCAAUCACCGCCUCCACCUGGAGGAUAUCGGCCGCUUGGAGGUGGCUGGGGAGAUUUUCCGACACCCCCACCGCCAGCUUCUGCUCAUGGGGCAAAGAAUUCUGUCGACGGUACCACAGCUGUUGACCACGGACCCAUGCAGCCGUCCAGCAGUACUUGCAUGCUUGGGCGCAAGACGUUGUUUUCACCUGGCUUUGACCACACUGGUAUAUCGAUGCAGAGUGUAGUGGAGAAACGGUUAUUCAAAAGUACAAGCAAGGAUAACCAACCAGCUCCAUCGGCUAGGCAGGAGCUACGACUGGGACCGCGUUCGCGUUCACGAUGA